AUGGGUAACACUAAUUCUAUCGAAGAGGAUGACCUCAAUUCUGCCCCACGAACCCGGGCGGAACCGGAACCGGAAGAGCCAAUACCGGAUGGCGGGCUUGAUUUUGAUGAUAAACCGGUUGUCGCGCCUCGUCCACAGGAGGAAAGAACGGACCCUAAUAUCAUUGAGAACUUGGACCAGCCUUUAGAUGACGAUAAAUUCAAGAUGGGAGUAACCACGAAUUAUGAAGAAUUCCGGGACACGAUACUGAAAAACAGUCGAGACGAAGGCAAGCAAUAUGUGUUCCAUGACACGGAGUUUCCCGCUGAAAAAGAAUCGCUUUAUUUCAGCCGACAACCAUCGUCAAAAUGGGACAGAAUAACUGAAUGGAAAAGACCUCAUGACUUGACAGAGAAUCCUCGUCUUCUCCAAGACGGCAUAACCAGCGAUGACAUUAUGCAAGGAACACUGGGCAACUGCUGGUGGCUUUCUUCUGUUGCGGCGAUAUCUAGAAAUCCCACUUGUAUGCAUAGAGUUGUACCAACUAACCAAGCGAUGACUGGCGACGAUUACGUAGGAAUGUUUCACUUCCGGUUUUGGAGAUUUGGUUCCUGGGUAGAGGUCAUAGUUGACGAUCGUUUACCUGUGAUUCAAGACCAAUUGGCGUUUGGCAGGUCGAGCUCAAAGGACGAGUUUUGGUUGUCGUUGCUAGAGAAGGCUUAUGCAAAACUCCACGGUUCUUACGAGGCGAUUGAAGGCGGAUUUAGUCAAGACGGACUUGAAGAUUUGACCGGAGGAAUGGCUGUAUCGUUCGAUUUGGGAGAUAAAACACCUGGACAUUUAUUCAGAAGCUUAGUCAAGGCAUUCCAGAACAACUCAUUUGCAUGCUGCUCUAUCAAAGGCUCAGGCGAGCGUGAGGAUUCCAGGGGACUUGUCAGCGCUCAUGCCUACACCAUCACGGGAGCUACAACGAUUCCGUUCCGGGGAGCAAAGGUCAAGUUGGUGAGAAUUCGCAACCCUUGGGGAAACAAAAUCGAAUGGAACCAAGCUUGGAGUGAUGGGUCUCCUCUUUGGGAUGAGGUGGAUCGAGUCACAAAAGACCGGAUCGGAUAUGCAGACAAGGACAACGGAGAGUGGUGGAUGGAGUUCUCCGAUUUCAAAAAGUAUUUCGCUGACUGUACAAUAUGCACGAUGGGACCGGAUUUUGAUAUCGAUGGUGCUGCUACCGGAGACAGUUGGUUUCUAUCUAAAAUCAAAGGCAAAUGGAUCAAGAGUUAUUCAGCCGGUGGUUGCAGGAACGAAGUCGACAAGUAUGCCAUCAAUCCGCAAUAUUAUAUGGAGUUAAGGGAACCAGACGACUUCAAUCCCACCCGAGAUGACCCUGCAAACGAGGGCAAAUGCUCAAUAGUGCUUGGCCUAAUGCAGGAGUACAGAAGAAUUGGGCGGGAAGACGGACUCGAGAAUCUUUACCUUGGGAUCAAUAUAUAUAGACUGAGCAGCAAGCCCGACCGUCGUCUACCGACUAAACACUUCCUUUAUAACCGUGACGUCGUGAACUCCGGUAACCACAUCGAUAAGAGGGAAGUUAGCAUAACCACUGAACUGGAACCAGGUCAUUAUGUCGUCAUACCCUCGACCUUUUAUCCAGACAAAGUCUCUACUUUUCUGCUGAGAAUCUUCACAGAGAAGCGAAUCGAUCUGGAGGAAUUACACUAAGAGCAAAAAGGAACGCAGAAAAAAAUGGAUUUCCGAAAUUUAAUGGACCUUUCCCGACCUUUGACCCCCGAAAAAUUUUUCCUAUACUUUACCAUUGCAAAAUUUUCGAGACUUAUUUUAAGAGUGAUUUUCAGAGUUGGCGCUUGUAAAAUGGGAUACUUGUUUCAAACCAUCAUUCUGAUUCAUCGCAUUCAACAAUAAGUUUUGUAAAUGUACCGUUAAAGAAUUUAAGCCUAGUCUAUCACAGCUAUUUCUACACUAAUUUUUUAUUAUCACAAUUGAAUUAAAUCUCCUAAGAAGACAGAGUGAUCAUUGAAUUAUCUGAUUUAUAUUUAAACUUCCGAAACACAACUGAAAACUAACGAAUAAAGUUCAAAAACGCGAAAACGCCUGCUAGACUCUCUGGUGUUUUUUCUUUUGUCCAGUGAAAACUAUGAUUAACAACUCAAACUUAAACAAAGGAUUUCUGCAUUUCUGUUUUACAUUUUUUCCUCGUGCCUCACUAUAUUGUACAUAUCCUCAUUGUGUCGUAUCUCCUUGUCUUGUGUAUUUUACUAGAGUUUUAUUUGUAUAGCAUAUUUCAUGUCUGUUGUCAUAUCAUAACGCAGCAGUCCUAAACUGCUGUUAUAAUUGUUAGGGGUGCAUGUCGCACAUCUGUGUCUUAGGCCAGUAAGGUCUUGAACAAGUAUCCAAUUUCUGUUUUACUGUUUGAUUAUUAAGCAGUUACUGUUACAUUUCUGAGGCAA